ACACCUGCCUCCGCCCCUUCCCGCUCCCACCGGGGAGGGUGCACAGGGUUAAGCCCAAACGGGCUGCCUCCGCCCCCGGCCGGCUCCGCCGCGACUCGGUUGCCGAUGGGACCAGCGGGGCUGAGCGCGGUCGCCUCGGAGCCGGCCAGCGGCGGGAUGUCGCAGGGGCCGCCGGGCGCGGGGCGCCUCAACGACUUGCCCGACCACUCGCCGCGGGUGUGCAGCGCUGUCUCCGAGCUGCGCCGGCGGGCGGAGGCAGAGUCCGGCCAGCGCUGGCCGCAGCCCCUCAGCGACUCUUUCCUGGUGCGGUUCCUGCGCGCCCGGGACUUCCACUUGGACCAGGCCUGGAGGUUACUGAAGAAUUACCAGAAGUGGAGAAUUGAAUGCCCAGAAAUAAGUGCAGAUUUACGACCAUCUUCUGUUCUUGGUCUCUUACUUGCUGGCUAUCACGGAGUCCUGAGAUCAAGGGACCCUCAUGGAAGCAAAGUUCUAAUAUACAGAAUUGGACAAUGGGAUCCCAAGUUAUUUACAGCAUACGAUGUGUUUCGUGUAAGUCUCAUCACAUCUGAACUCAUUGUAAAGGAGACUGAGACUCAGCGGAAUGGAGUCAAGGCUAUAUUUGAUCUUCAAGGGUGGAAAUUUGCUCAUGCAUUUCAGAUCAGUCCAGCAGUGGCCAAGAAAAUUGCUGCUGUUCUCACAGAUUCCUUUCCACUAAAAGUUCGGGGUAUCCACUUGAUAAAUGAGCCUUUAUUCUUCCACCCGGUCUUCGCCCUAAUUAAGCCUUUUCUCACUGAAAAAAUAAAGGAACGGGUGUAUAUGCAUGGAAAUAACUACAUGCAGAGUCUGACCGAACACUUCCCCAUCAGCAUUCUCCCACAGGAGUAUGGUGGGGAGGAAGUCUCCUUUGAAGAGCUGGCCAAGGAAUGGACUGACUUUAUAGUGGCAUCUGCAGAUUAUCUUCAGAGCAUUUCUCUGUUUGCCCACGAAUAACCUUACUACAGUAUUAUUUCAAUUAUUGAACACUGGAAAUAACUUUAGUACAAAAUCUCUCAUGUAAACUUGAAAUUAAUGUAAAUGAAACCAGCAUGUCUUUGCAGGGCACUGAAUAGUAUACUGACUGCACUUUUUGUACUAACUGGAGUCUGUCAAUAUGUACAUCUGAAGAGAUUAAUGAAUUCUACAUAUUUACAGUACUGUUUGUGAUUAUUAACUUGUAUGCCAAAAAGCUCAGUAGUGUGUUGGAUAUCAGAAAUUGAUAACUGCUCCUGUUAAGUCUUUGGAGACAACUCAUCUGUAAUAAUGCAGUCAGGAACCUUAUGCUUAGCUCUUCUGUCUUGCCUUGUCAAGACAACAGGUUACAAGAAAGAACAGAAUGUGAAUGGGGUAGAUAAGCUUGUUGGGAAAGUAUGACUGUGGGGCUAAUUUACAGUAAGUGAAACGAGGCUGCUUUUUUGAUUGAUUCUCAGGGAAAAGGACUAUUUUGUUAUUGUCAAAUUAACAAUUACUCAGCAGUAGUGAGACAUUUGUGUUAAUCUUUGCUGCUUGUGCAGCUUCCCUUAAUUAACACAGUAAUCUUCCAGUUUUAUAGAGGAAGAAAGGGAAAACACCAUGUACCUAUUCUUCAAAGAACAGUAUGAAUCAGGAGGAGGAACUGGUAAGAGUCAAAACAACCUUGAAAAUUCUGAUUUUCUUUCUUCAAAGAGAUAAUGUCUGUGGAAAAACUAUAAAGAACUCAGAUUAUGAUCACCUUUAAUUCCUACUGUAAAGCACAGCAGAGGUCAAGGGAUUUUAGCUGUUUGCAGUAGCUGUUUCUUCUGCAGGGUGAAGUAGGUUAUCCUUUGUGGAUCUGAACUUUAGAAGUAUCUGUUUUAUGGUUUAAGGGUAGUGUUAGGUCACUUUGGACCUCAGCACCGGAGAUGCUGGGUACCUUAAUUUUGUUUUCAGAAAAGUUAUUGGCAACUCAACAUUUUAUGUCUUCUGUUAGGCACUGGAAUAAAUUAUUUUUAAUUUUAAUUUCUUUAUUUCUGUAGGGGUAAAGAAAAAAAUCUGUCUAUACUUACUGAAAACAUUUUUUAAAGGGCUGUUAUUCAGAUAUGAACUAUAUCUGAGUAAAAGCUAUUGCUCACAUUACAUAGCAAUAUCAUCCUGAAACCCCCAGUAUUUAAUAAUAUAAAAAAUUAUUUUAAUUUUCAUUCAGCUUUUUGUUAAAAUCUCUGUAAGUACACCUAGAGUUUGUUUACAGUUUUUAACUCUGUUUUGAAACAAGCUAGGGUUUCUUUGCAGAAGCACUGUGUAUUUAAACAUUCCAUACGAAUCUUCAUGUAAACAAAUAUAGAACAAAUCUCUGGUUUGCAGGUAGCUAGAAGCGCUAACUUCAGUUAUUUUAGAAUCUUCAUGAUACAUUGGGAUGUUGUAUUAAAAUAUACUUGGGGAAAGAAAUGAGGGGAAAUUGUAUUAAAUCCGAAAUGUUGUCUAUUAGAUUAUUAUUAAUACUGCAUUAUUGAAAAGCUGUUGGAAGCUGUUCCUUCUUAGCAAGAGGAACAUCUGUGAAAGGCCCACAGAGUACCUGUUGGUUCUGUUUUCUUCUGCUGUGGUAGGGUCAAUGCCAGAUGCAAAACUAUUCCAAAACUGAGGAAAACUUUUUAAUAACUUUUUUUCUUCCAGUUCCCUCAUUUACUCAAAUGCAUUUUUCAUUCUCUUUCAGGAAAUAUUUGGUAUGGAGCAUUUAAAGAAACAUUUUUCAAAUAUGUUUUUAUAUGACCAUAUACUUCAUAUAUCUAUCUUUUUCUCAGAUUGAACUAUUUUGUGAUAUAAAAGCUCCUUAAAUAGAGGAGUUCAGUGAAGUGCUAAUUCUUCUUUAUAAGAAAAUAAGCUAAGUAGUCAGGCAUCUGGCAGUUCUUCAAGUGUUAAGUCUGAAGGCAUUUACAAACUAGGGAACUGAAGCUAUUGUCUUAAUUUUAUGUUCCUGCAAUUUUAAUCCGUGAAUGGAAACCACAUAAAGGAACAAACUGUGUUUCAGUGAACAGGAGGAUUUAAACUUUCCCUAUGCAACCAGUCUCUAAUCAUUUUGCUGGUUUAUGUGGCAGAGAUUUCAUUUGAUUGCAUAUGUAUAUGCACAUGUACAAAAUGUAGCUGGGUUUUUUAAAUCUUCCUUUGGACUGCA